AUGGACAAGAUCGAGGCUCUCGGGAGCUCCAUCGCUCAGAUCUCGCUCUAUGACAUCAAGUCUUACUACAAUCAGGCCAAGGCGGUCGUGCUCAACUACACCGAGAUGGAAGCAAAAGUAAGAGAUGCAACGAAUGAUGACCCCUGGGGUGCAAGCUCGACGGUCAUGCAAGAGAUCGCUCAAGGAUCUGUCCCAUCAAGCCAACAAUUCAACGAGAUCAUGCCGACGAUCUACAAACGAUUCACCGAGAAGGAAGCCCGUGAAUGGAGACAGAUCUACAAGGCCUUGCAGCUACUCGAAUACCUCAUCAAGCAUGGCUCCGAGCGCGUUAUCGAUGAUGCUAGAUCCCACAUCUCGAUGAUCAAGAUCCUCAGGAACUUCCAUUAUGUCGAUGACAAGGGUAAAGACCAAGGCAUCAAUGUUCGUAAUAGGGCCAAGGAAAUUGCCGAAUUACUCUCGGACUUGGAUCGAGUCCGUCAAGAAAGAAGGAAAGCGAAGGCUGCCAAAAACAAAUACAUCGGAGUGGGUAGUGAAGGCCCAUCGUUCAGCACUUCUGGAGGCUCGAAGUAUGGUGGCUUCGGGAGUGAUUCACUUGGCGGUGGGGGUGGUGGCGGUGGUGAUGACUGGAACGCGGGUGGCAGUAGCAGUCGAGACCAGUAUACCUCCGGAAGCAGCACAUUCAAGCAGAGUGAUGAUUUCGAGGAAUAUGAUGCUGGAGAGUGGGAGGACCGACCGGCGGCGAGCGCCAGCCGAACGUCCCCCUCGACCGCCCGUGGUAGCAUCAGCAGCAACCGGACCGCCUCGAUAUCUGUCUCGAUGAAGAAACCGGCACAGCAAAAGCCCACUGCUCCGCCCCCGAAAGCUAAAGAAGUCGAUCUGUUUUCGAUGGGUGACGAUGAUGACUUUGGGUCCCCAGCUGCUCCCAGUUCGACCAAUCCCCUUGCAAGCUCGGAGAACGUCAGCGUCAGCUUGGAUGACGAAUUCGACGAUUUCCAGUCCGCCCCACCCGCUUCCAACUUUGGGGCUGCGUCUCAACCGUCCGCGUCCGGGAUGUCGUCAACCACCGGCUCCAAGCCCAACGUGUUUGCGCUUCUGAACGCUACCCCUUCCGCCCCCUCUCCCAUGUCGAAUGCCGGCGGCGGCUCAGGAAUGUUCGGAGGCGGGAUGAACACGAUGUCCAGUCAGCCCGCGCCAGUGAACAACAGCAACAUGUUCGGCUCGUCCAUGAUGCAGCCCAUGAUGAUGAACACCAAUCAAGCAAACAACACCCAGGCUGCACGUCCGGGCCAGUACGGCACGACGACCUCGAUGUCUUCCAACACCGCCAUCUCGACAAACGCAAACACACGAGCGACGAGCGCAUCCAAGCCUGCCGGUGGCGACCAAUUCGACGACCUCUUCUCGUUCGCCGGGUUGACUAGUACGACGAAGAGCGGGGCCAACUCGAGCGGGACGGGUGGCAAGCCGGCCCAGGCCAAGUUGAGCAUGGCCGCCAUGGCCAGAGAACAGAGCAGCGCCUCCAUCUGGGGCGCCCCCUCCUCCACUGCCGCUGCGCCCAUGCAGCCCGCGGGAAUGGGCAAGCCUAUGGCCUCCGCCGCCGCCACUGGCUCGGCUUCCAUGGCGAACAAUAACGACGACUUGCUGCUCUGA